AUGAAGGAAAAGCUGAGUUUCAGCAGAAAAGGGAGACCUCAGCCUAGCAACAUCACCCCAGAGGAAUUCCCAAGAGUGUGGCUCAAGGCUUCAACCAGCCAGAUGGAGAUCACCAUGGGGGUCAUGGAUGAGAAUGCCACCAAUACGUCAACCAACUAUUUCCCUCUGCUUGACCCCCUCGGAGCCCAAGCUGCUUCUUUCCCCUUCAACUUCAGCUAUGGUGACUAUGAUAUGCCCUUGGAUGAAGAUGAGGAUGUGACCAAUUCCCGGACCUUUUUUGCCGCCAGGAUUGUCAUUGGCAUGGCGCUGGUGGGUAUUAUGCUGGUCUGUGGUAUCGGCAACUUCAUCUUCAUCGCUGCGCUGGCCCGCUACAAGAAGCUACGCAGCCUCACCAAUCUGCUCAUCGCCAACCUGGCCGUCUCUGAUUUCCUGGUGGCCAUCGUCUGCUGCCCCUUUGAGAUGGACUACUACGUGGCGCGCCAGCUCUCCUGGGAGCACGGCCACGUGCUGUGCGCCUCCGUCAACUAUCUGCGCACAGUCUCUCUCUACGUCUCCACCAACGCCCUGCUGGCCAUCGCCAUCGACCGAUAUCUGGCCAUUGUCCACCCGCUGAGACCCCGGAUGAAGUAUCAAACAGCCACCGGCUUGAUUGCCUUGGUGUGGGUGGUGUCCAUCCUCAUUGCCAUACCAUCAGCCUACUUCACCACUGAAACAGUCCUCAUCAUUGUCAAGAGCCAGAAGAAGAUUUUCUGUGGCCAGAUCUGGCCAGUAGACCAGCAGAUCUACUACAAGUCCUACUUCCUCUUCAUCUUUGGCAUCGAGUUCGUGGGCCCAGUGGUCACCAUGACCCUAUGCUAUGCCAGGAUCUCCCGAGAGCUCUGGUUCAAGGCCGUCCCUGGUUUCCAGACGGAGCAGAUCCGGAAGCGACUGCGCUGUCGCCGGAAGACGGUCCUGGUGCUCAUGUGCAUCCUCACUGCGUACGUGCUGUGCUGGGCGCCCUUCUACGGCUUCGCCAUCGUGCGGGACUUCUUCCCCACAGUGUUUGUGAAGGAGAAACACUAUCUCACGGCCUUCUAUGUGGUCGAGUGCAUUGCUAUGAGCAACAGCAUGAUCAACACCGUGUGCUUUGUGACUGUCAAGAAUAACACCAUCAAGUACUUCAAGAAGGUUAUGCUACUCCACUGGAAGGCUUCUUACAACGGCAGUAAGUCCAGUGGGGAUCUUGACCUCAAAACCACGGGGGUGCCUGCCACAGAAGAGGUGGACUGCAUCAGGCUGAAAUAACUCCAGAACAGGACCUUUGGGCCCCUGACAAUGUGCUUAAGCCCACACUAUCAACCAAGAACUGUAGGUCUGCCACAGGG